CAUUGUGUUGUUUUUGUGUAGUUUGUGUUUGUACCGGAGACUGUCCGACGUUGUUGUAAGCGAGACACCAAACUGCGUUCAAAAUUCUGCCAAUUUACAGUUUCGUUGUCGUUUGCGAACUAAAACAUUGAAGGAAGUUCUCAGAAACUUGUCGCCGUACAUUUGGAUUCAAGUUGUUCAAUUCGUCUCCUUCACUGUCACCAGAAACUCACUUGUAGCGUCACGUUUUAACUUUUGUUGGUCGCUGCUAGUACAGCUCUCUGCCACUAGCUGGACGCUCCGGAGCAACCACGUGACGCGUCAGUUAAAGUGCUAAUCUAACCGAAACGUGUUCUUACGAAGGACGCAGGCUCAGCCGAUUCUUUCACUAACACCCGAGCUCACACUUAAUCACUAAAAAUACACCCGACGACCUCUGUAAAGCUUAAAAUGUGUGUAAUACCUUAUAUUGCUCAACAUUUGAACGGAGUUUGGUUCCUUGGCCAGUCAGGAAAAAAGUUAGGAUACCAUUAUACUGAAAACUUUAAAUUAGGUUUAAUUUAGUUUAGUUAAAAACAUAAUGACAAAAUAACACACAGCUUUAAAACAUUACUAUGAAAAUAUUUAAAUUUUCAUAUGAACUGCUUGUAUCUUAAUUUGCCAACAUACUGAACAGUUUGGUUUUGAUUUCUCUAAAGCUCUAUAAAGCUGUUAAUCACUGUACUGUUCACAUGGCUGCCAGGUUAUAAUAAUUCAAAUCUUGUUUCUUCUCGUCCUCAUGUUACACUCUUCAUGUAUCGUAGCAAUGCACAUGUUCAGAAGAGAAAAGGGCUCCACAGCCCAAACGCCGGCGGUGCCACCAAGACCCAGCAGGGAGGAGCUGGAUCAUCCAGUCGCUCACAGCCUGAACCCGAAGGACCCAGAGACGACCUCACAGGAAAACAACAAUGAGGUCAAACAGGAACUGAACCCAAAGACCAAGAGGACGGGGGUGAUGGGGGUGAUGCAGCAGGUCAAUCCCUUCAAGUCGACCUCACCGCUUCCCUCCCCAGUCAACAAAGCUCCGUCGUCUGAGUCACUGGAGCCGGAACCCGACUCCACUCAGGGCGCCGGCGGGCUGAAGGUCGUCCUGCAGAAGGUCAACCCGUUCAGAUCCAGCUCCCAGGUUCCUAGAGCUGCUUCUGCUGAGUCCCUGGAGCGAGUCCCCGAGUCCAAUCAGAAUCCUGGUGUGUUGAAAGGAGUCAUGCACAAAGUCAACCCCUUCAAGUCUUCAGCUCAGACGCCCCACACUGAUCCACCAGCGGCUGGAGGAGAAGUUCAGACCAAACAGAAUCCAGGGAUGAUUUCAGGAGUGAUGCAGAAAGUGAAUCCCUUCAGAUCCUCACAGCCAAAGGAACCUCUUCACGGCGACCACUCCUCCAGCAGCGGAAGCUUAACGGACACUCACAACUUACCAGAGAAACAGAACCCAGGGAAGUUCAAGGGGAUGAUGCAGAAGGUGAACCCCUUCAAGUCCCUCACACAGACGGAGGAUGAGACCGACUCGCUGGUUCCUGCUGGCCCCUUGUCCCUGAAGACUGAGGAGCUUCGGGAUCUUCACAGUGACCGCUCGUCCAGCUCUGAGAGCCUGGAUGACAGAACCAUAGAGAGACAUUCUGUUUGGUACGUCGACUCCGACGCCACCGCUGAGGUGACAAGUGAGCCUGUGAAGCCGCCAAAGAAAAAAACGAUGACUUUCAGAAUAAAGAGGAUUCUGCCCGGUGCUCUGUUUGGACCUGGAGCAAAGGAUUCUUCAUCAAACUCUCAGGCCUUAACCGAGGAGGUCGUUGAAGUUCAGACUCUAGAAAUGGCCGAGGUGCCGGUUCUCGGCGAAGGAGCAGCCGUGGACCCGCUGGACGAUGAAGACGGUCUUCUGGAGUGGUGGAGAACAGUGGAAGGAUGGGAGGAGUGGAAUGCAGCAAACCAGAAUGAGGAACCUGAAGAGGUUGUGGAAGACGCAGCCGAUCGUGUCUUCAUGGCCGCUCGUCUCUUCGUCCGCUUCUUCAACCAGCGCGGCGCCUCCCUGCAGCAGCGCGUCCUGGAGCUCCUGGGUUUGGCCGAUGCAGCCGACAGUUUUCACAAGAAAACCGUCACGGCCAGCGUCGGUGGGGGGGUGGCCAGCGUGGCCGGGUCCAUCACCACCAUCACCGGCCUCAUCCUGGCGCCCUUCACUGCAGGAACCUCCCUCAUCGUCACGGCUGUGGGCAUCGGCAUCGCAACCGCCGGGGGCGUGGCGUCCGCUUCGGCCAACAUCACGGACACGGUCCAUUCGAAGACCGACCGCAAGAAGGUGGAGAAGAUGAUCCAGGACUAUGAGCAGGAGAUGAAGGACAUCAAGGAGUGUCUGGAGUUUCUGGAGGAGGGGAUGGAGACGCUGGAGGAAUGGGACUUUGAGAAAUUUACUGAAACCAUCUCCAAAAAACACCUAAACCAGAACGUGAAGCACGUGUUGAAGGAGGGCGGCCGAGCCGGCAAGGCUCUGGUCAUCAACACAGAGAGUCUGAUCGGCACGAUUCAGGUCCUCAGCGUUGCAGGCAGCGCCGCCAAAGCCGCCCAGGUGAUGAGCGUCACCACCGGCGUCAUGUCGGGCCUCUUCCUGGCGCUCGAUGUCUUCUUCCUGGCGAAGGACUCCGUGGAACUGAGGAAAGGCGCUAAGACGGACUUUGCAGUAAAAAUACGAGAAGUUUGCAAAGACCUGCAGGACGGACUGCUUCAGCUGAACAACAUCAAGGAGCAGCUGCAGAAGACCAUGGAUGGGAUCGAGGUGGAAGUGGACGAAGAUGACGAAGUGCAGCUCAAGUCUGAUCUGAAGAAACUCCUGGAGCUCGAAGACUGAAACCAAACCCAAGUUUCAAAAACAGUGUCAAGCCAAAAAUGAAGUUUAAGCAGAAAAUUGCCUUGUAGUUUUUUAUAACUGUAACAAACCUGCCGUGUUAUGACCAGGGUUUAUAAGUAGCUGCUUUGUAGGACUAUAUUUCAAAUAUUUAUUUUUAAAGAAGUUUAAUUAUUAAACUAGGUUACCAUAUUGUCAUUGUGAUUAUUUAAUGACUGUUUCUUUGCAAUUAAAGUGUUUCUAUCAUUA